AUGUCAAAUAAAUGUUCUUUAUCAUGGUGUGAUUUACCAAAAUAUGAAUUAACUUUUGGACUUGAUGAAGUACUAAUUGAAACAUAUCCUGCUUUAAAUAUUGCCUUGUGUGCCUUAUCAAAAAUUUUAACAAAUGAUUUUCUAUUAAGCAAUUUCAGUGCACAUUUUGUUCCAUUUGAUGAAUAUACUGGCAUAUUUCCGAAUAAUGUUUCUGAAACCAUUAUGAAUCAAAUUAGGGACGCGUUUACUCAAUCAAAUAUUCCUUCAAUUAUUCUUCAACAAGAUGAACUUAUUAUUGCACCUGUGCACGGUGCUGUUUAUGGAGAUUAUUCAGGAAGACAAAAAGAAACAGAUAUAAAUAUUAUAUAUUUAAAUAAAGAAUUAAUAGACUGUUCUAAAGCAGAUGAUCAUCCAAAUGAUGUGAUUAAAUAUGGUGCACUCAUACUGUUUACAACUAUACAUGAACUUGGACAUUGGUCAUUUCAUCAUUAUGCCUGUAAUAUGGAUCAUGACUUAGCAACACCAAAAGGAGUAUUAAUGGAAGAAGCUGGUGAUGCAAUUGAAUUUUUACUCUUCGGAUUUCGUAUUCAACAUUAUGGUCCUGAACAUCCAAAAUUUUUGAUCGAUGAAAUUGUUACAAAAUUCAACAACAGUUAUCGUAUUAUUCCAUUGGAUUAUCUUAAGAAAUUGUUUCUAGAAAGAACAUAUGCAAAUGUAAUAGAUCAUCUCUCCCUCAAAAUAUCGAUCAAACAAUUACGAGAAACAAUUGUACUUAGUGAAGAAUUAAUGAAAUUCAAUUUUAAACGAGUAUUUAAUCCAACUGAUGAACCAACAUUACAAGUACCAACAACUGGUGCUUCAAUUCAAAUUGGAAAACGUAUAUUUGAUCCUCGUCACAAAGACUAUUAA